AUGCGUCGUAAUCAAUUAAAGCUCACGAUUACACUCGCACCUAAAGCUCUCCAUAUCUCUCCCUCUCAGGAGAGGGCUAGGGUAUUCGCGGGGGAGGCGGCGAAGCGGUCGCAGGAGAUAUCCAAGGAGGCGGCGAAGCGGUCGCAGGAGCUCACCAUGGGCGCCGCGUGCCUCUCUCAGGAGCUCGUCUCCGAGACGGCGAAGAAGUCGCGGGAGAUCGCGGCGGAGGCGACGAAGAAGGCCGAUCUCGUCCACUCCGAGGCCCUCCGCGCCGCGGGGCAGAUCAAAACCCUAGCAUCUGAUAUCCCCAUCCCCCCGAUCCCCCCGAUUCCCCCAAUCCCGUCCAUCUCCGCUGGAUCCGGAUCCGGAUCUCCCGCCGCCGAUGACGAGCUCAAGCAGUUCGGGGUCACGGAGGAGCUCAGGGAGUUCGUGAAGGGGAUCACGAUCAGCACCUUCCGCGAUUUUCCCAUGGAAGAUGAACCAGAAAUAUCUGAGGUUCCUACAGUGUCAAAUGUUCGGCAGGAUCUUAGCGAAUGGCAAGCGAGGCAUGCUACUCUUGUUCUCUCAACUGUUAAGGACGAGGAAUUGAUGAAAGCAGUUGAAAUUAACAAGGGAAAAUGCUGGAAGAAAAUAGCCGAAGGUUUUCCUGGCAGAACAGAUCAGCAAUGUCAGCACAGAUGGGCAAAGGUUCUUAAUCCUCAUCUCGUUAAAGGUUCCUGGACUCAUGAGGAAGAUAAUAAGUUAAUUCAUCUUGUAAAGAAGCAUGGACAAUCAAAAUGGUCUAUAAUUGCAAAUUUUCUCCCUGGUCGCAUUGGAAAACAAUGCCGAGAGAGGUGGCAUAAUCAUCUGAACCCUGAAAUUAAGAAAGAUGCUUGGACUGAAGAGGGAGAAAUUAAGCUCAUAAAAGCUUAUCGUGUGCAUGGAAAUAAAUGGGCAGAAAUAGCGAAGUUGCUCCUUGGAAGAUUGAAGCAACAAGCAGGAUUUGACGUUCGCAUUUCAAGAAUGUUUAGUUGGAGCUUUUCACUUUCCUUUUUCUUAGCUUUCUAACAUUUGGGGAUCAAAUAAAUUUUCUAUUGUAUUGAUUUCUAUUAAACAUAAAAAUUUGUUUUGUUGCAUUUUAUCACUGCUCUAGAUCAUUGUUUAUAGUUUUGUUUCAAGAAUGAUUGUAUCGUCUUAUUGCAAUUUAGUAAUAUGAUUCUAUUUUGUUCCGGAUACU